CCAUUGGAAAUAUUUUUAAUCUAAUCAAACAUUUCUUUACCUGCUAUAUACCCGUGACCCCAGGGAUUAACUGUACAGAUCGACCAAUCAGCGCGCAGCACAGUCGGGAGUCCGAAGAUUACACUUGAAAAGUUGUUGCUUAUGAAAACACACACCUGUGAUUUUAACGCUACCUGUGAUGCAAUUAACAGGCUAAUUACAAAACAGUACGGUACAUUUUAAUGGUGAUUGAUCAAAGUGAUUGUGAGUUCUGCCGCUAACAACACGAUGCAAAAAGGUGCACGGUAUUUGGAGCUAACGAGAAGAUGGCGACUGUCGCAUGUUGACACAUGCUGAUAGGACUGUAUAGUGUAUUUUCUUUUUGUGUAUUCCAGAUGAGCAUUCGUCAAACUGUUUGAAAUAUUAAAGAAAUUGACAUGAAUUUUUCCGAGUUGUUCCGUCAAAGUAGUCAAAUUUGCAAGUUUUCCCCCAACGGAAAGUAUUUGGCUUCAGUGGUUGAAUUUCGUCUAGUGAUCAGAGAUGUGGAUACACUACAGAUACAGAAUCUGUUUACAUGCCUAGACACCAUUCAACACAUAGAGUGGUCAUCAGAUUCACAGUUUGUUUUGUGUGGACUGUUCAAAAGAGGCAUAGUACAGGUCUGGUCCAUAGAACAACCAGAAUGGACAUGUAAGAUAGAUGAAGGGUCGGCUGGACUAUGUGCAGCUAGAUGGAGCCCAGAUGGUCGACACAUCCUAACAACAGCUGAUUUUUACUUGAGGAUAACUGUUUGGUCCUUAGUAACAAAGUCUGUCUCAUACAUUCGGUACCCAAAACAGUGUCAAAAACCAUUAGACUACAGCAAUGGAGGGAGAUACAUGGCCCUGGCGGAGAGAAGAGAUUGCAAAGACUUCAUAAGUAUCUUUGCUUGUGACUCUUGGGAGCUUGUAAAACAUUUUGAGACUGAGACAGAUGACUUAGCGGGUAUCGAGUGGUCCCCAGACGGACGAGUUCUGGCGGUGUGGGAAUCACCAAUCACAUACAAGAUUCUUCUCUACACAAUUGAUGGAAGAUGUGCAUCCAAAUUUAGUGCUUAUGAGAAUGCUCUGGGUAUCAAGUCCCUGGCGUGGUCCCCCACGAGCCAGUUCCUGGCACUAGGCAGCUUCGACGAAAAGGUGAGGAUUUUGAAUCACAUCACUUGGAAAUCAGUAGCUACACACAGCCAUCCUGCUACAGUAAACGAGGAGGAGGUGGUGCUAUAUAGGGAGACAGAGACUAGAGCCCCUUUACCUCCAGGGAACGAUGUUGAUGCACCCACAGCAGCCCUCUUCACCCCACAGAGUAAAUAUGAGGUAGAGCAUCCUCCAGUCAACAUUCCUAUUGUAAAACCUGACACAAACCGUGCCAAUCCAAAACUAGGGGUAGGCUUGUUAGCCUUUAGCUGUGAUUGCAGAUUCAUCUACACAAGAAAUGACAAUAUGCCAAAUACAUUAUGGAUUUGGGAUGUUCAGAAACUCAAACUGUGUGCACUGUUGACUCAAGGGGCUGCAAUAAAAUGUGUAGAGUGGGACCCCCUCCAGUCUCGCCUGGCCCUGUGUACAGGUACCAGUAAGAUGUACAUGUGGUCCCCCGCUGGCAGUCUGGCUGUAGAGGUGCCAGUGGAAGGAGUUUUCAAUGUCCAUUCCUUGAAGUGGCAUCCUGAUGGUAACACCAUUCUGUUGUUAGGGAAAGAUCAGAUGUGUGUGUGCUACCUAUCUGAUCCUGGGACAGAGAAGAGUUAACCAAACAUAUUUUACAAGGGUUCUCAUUGUGAUAUAGCAAAAAUAAGCUGGUGUGUGUGAGACAGAAACACUGAUGAUAAUUUUAUCAAAUAUUAGGCAUAUCAUAGAUAUGAUAUAUAUAUUUUACAUGAAAUUGUGAAAUGAGGGAUUUGUUUGGGGAAGUAGACACAAUUUUUAUGUGCAUCUCUAUUUAUAUGAAGAAGUUUUGAAUUUCUGCAUCUCUAUUUAUAUGAAGAAGUUUUGAAUUUCUGUAUAGAUCUGUAUGAUUUAGCUGAAAAAUCCUGUCAUGUAUUUCAUAAAAUUUUACAAAAACAGGCAGCAUUUCUAUUGUUUAGAAAAAAAAUUUACACAUUUAUAGUGGCAUAUUUAACUAUUAAUUCCAAGACUAUUUAAAAAUUCAUUUCAUUCCAACAUAAAUGUAGCAUGAAUAUGCAUAGUGCAUAAUACUGACAUUUGAAUUUGAUUUUAUUAGGUCCCAUGUUCAUGUAUAUUGGUGCUUGUAUAUAUUAUC